UUUCGUACUAAAAUGCGCAACUAUUCAGACAAUUAGACCGUGAAUAUACGGUAUCAAUACGGUCCUAGGAUCCUAUAUACUGACGCUAAUGUACUUCCUAUCUUUAUGUAACCUUAGAUCAAACUAUUAACUUGGAAGUCGCGACGCAAUCACUUACGAGAUAAUAUGGAGAUACUUAUCUCUUAGCUUUUUUUCUUCUAACACAUCGGAGUCAUCCGAUGAACACUCACCUACUCAGAGGAUGGCCUACUUAAAUCAGUACGACAACACCAAGUUUCGUUUAUUCGUAAACUUGGUAAGGGUAACUGCAGGACAUCUCAGUCGGCCGAUCUGCUGAAAAACUUCUGGAGUCAGAAUCGGAAUUGAAGGACUACUACAUACCGCAACAGUAAGCCGAUUACAAUCAAAAUCAAAAUGGCCUCAGAAAAACCAACAGGUCAACAGACUAUUACCACUUCUGGUAUUCGCGAUGUGGAAGCGGUGGAACUAAAUAUCAAAGAUGAGGCUGGAGCCUUGGCUGCAAGAGCGUUAACGAGCGAUUCCGUGGACAAGGAAACCUCUCGAAAAGUUCGACGAAAGAUUGACAUUCGCAUCUUACCUUUCCUUUGCGUUACCUACGCUUUGAUGUUCAUCGACAAGACCUCCUUAGGCUACUCUUCGGUGUAUGGUAUCAUACCCGAUAAUAAACUACAAGGCCAGGAUUACUCUUGGGCCAGUUCUAUCUUCUACUUCGGAUAUCUUGUCGCCGAAUACCCCGGAAUCGCAAUCAUUCAGAGGUUCCCAGUAGCCAAAUUCCUCGGAGUUAACAUAGUACUAUGGGGUACUAUCCUCAUGACAACAGCAGCAUGUUCAUCCUUUGCCAGCCUCGCUACCGUACGAUUCUUCUUGGGAGUAGUCGAGGCGACGGUUUCACCCGGCUUCGUCGCCGUCACUGGAAUGUGGUGGAGUAGGCAAGAGCAAGCAGGCCGAUCGGCCCUCUGGAUCUCUUUCCUUGGGGUUGGCAAUUUUGUCGGAACACUCCUAGCCUAUGGCAUCGGCCACAUGCAAGGAUCUCUGUCUACUUGGAAGUACAUCUAUCUUAUUCUAGGGAGCCUUACCAUCGUAUGGGGUGUGGUCUUCACGCUUUUCGUACCCGAUAGCCCAGCAAGUGUCCAAUGGUUGGACGAGGACGAAAAAGUCAUCGCCAUUCAACGAGUAAUCGAAAAUAAGACCGGCACCAAAUCUCGCCGUAUCGUCAGCAACCAGGUCAUAGAGGCGAUUACUGACCCUAAAGUAAUUGUCUUAGGUUUGAUAUCCUUCGUCAAUGCCAUUGCGUCUGGUGGGCUAAGCUUUGGCUCCCUUAUAAUCUCCGGCUUGGGAUUUGAUCCACUACAAACCACCCUGUUGAACCUACCCGGUUCCGCAGUCCAACUUAUAGCGCAACUCGGCUCUGGAGUUAUCACUUCUUACAUUAGUGGUUUUCGUCUACACAUUGGAUCUCUGGCUAUGAUUCCGCCGAUCAUAGGAACAGUCUUAAUCAAUCAACUCCAGCCAACGAACAAAUGGGGACGUCUUGUAGGAGCAUGGUUAUUGGGCUCUUAUCUCGUGGGGUUUAUGAUAAUUCUUGGCCUACUCGCAACCAACAUCGCAGGUAGCACUAAGAGAUCCGUAGCCUCAGGCUGGGUAUUCGUCUGCUACUGCAUUGGUCAAAUCGCCGGGCCGCAGUUCUUCGUGAGCAAGGAAGCCCCUGCCUACCGUGGUGGUAUUGUAGCCAUGCUCUGCGGCUUCAUCCUGAAUCUGGUCCUGAAUCAAGUUCUGCGUUUACUCUACGUACUCGAAAACAAGAAACGAAAUAAGAUGUUAGAGGGCAAAUCAGAGGAUGAGCUUGAUGCGAUGGAAAAGGAAAGUAAUCUACAGGGUUUCGAAGACGUCUCUGAUAAAAACAACGCUAUGUUUCGUUACACGUUAUAGUCAAUCACCUAGUCCCCGAACCUAUAUUACAUAGUCAGGAUCUGUGUUAGCCUACUCUAC